AGUGUGGCCAGUAUGGCGUCGUGGGAAAGUGAAAUAUCUCGCGACGGAAAAGUCGACGGAAGCGAGGAUAAUUUCGAUAAUAUUUUGGUGACACAGGAUCUACAGGAUUAUUUCGAUGACAGUCUCGAUUUGCCGAGUUUUGUCAAAGUUUACGAGCAGUCGGCCAUUUUCGACUACGAAAAAAAUUCCGACGAAGAGUCCUCCUAUAUUGGAAGAUUGCCCGAUGACAGCACGGGGUAUAUUCAUCACACAAUCAGUUCGGAUGAUAUUUACUUGCGAAUUCAUCCCGGACAAAAUGAUUCGAUGCCGGACGAUCCUUCUCACGCAGUUAUUACAAUCGAGAGCACGGAUCCGGACACGAAUCAAAAACACAUCAGCCGUUACAAUUGUGAAUAUGACGGUUGUUCUCGAACUUACAGUACCGUUGGCAAUUUGCGAACCCACAUGAAAACUCACAAAGGCGAAUAUCGGUUUAAAUGCUCAGACCCAAAUUGCGGCAAGGCAUUUCUUACAUCCUACAGCCUAAAGAUCCACAUUAGAGUACACACAAAAGUAAAACCAUUCGAAUGCAAUCACAGCGGGUGUGAGAAGGCAUUCAAUACCCUUUACAGAUUGAGGGCUCACCAAAGACUUCACAGCGGUGACACAUUCAACUGUGAAGAAACUGGAUGCGUUAAGUUCUUUACUACACUAAGCGAUCUCAAGAAACAUAUCCGUACUCAUACUCAAGAACGACCAUACAAGUGUCGAGAGAAAGGCUGUGGGAAAGCGUUUACGGCCUCUCAUCACUUAAAAACGCAUAAAAGGACUCAUACGGGAGAGAGGCCUUACAUUUGCAGUCACGAAAAUUGCAGACGAUCUUUUACGACUCCACACAGCUUAAAAAGCCACCUAAGAACUCACAAAAAAGCGGAAAAUGUCGAAGGAACGAAAACCAAAGAAGCACAAGAAAUAAUCGCUGAAAGUACAAAUCUCCAAAUUCAGGAGCUUGAAAAUCCCGACUUUGUACCUCUCUAUUCCCUCGUGCCCCUAACUUCCGUUCCCCAAAACGAGACUCCUCCAAUCCACAGUCUCGUAAAAGAAAGUGCCGAAACUUUCACAGAUUUAAAUUACCAUUCGACAAACGCGUCCGAAAAACCCGACCCAGCGACAGAAAUCGCCUCCCUUCUCGCCGAAGAUCUCGCCAAUUUCCCGGAAACCGUCAACCUCAAUCAAAACUUUAAAUUAUUCCCCGAAAUGCCGGAAGAGGGUGGCCUCCUCAAACUCCCCGAACCGGACAAUUCCCUCAUAUUAAUCAACAAUAAUCUUAGCGAAACCCUCGUCGACAAUUGUGAUUUAAAUUCGAAAAAGCCCGAGGAGACAGUGGCGAAACGCGAGGAGAAAAUUUUGAGUCUGCAGGAGAAAAUAAUGCGCGACGGUUUACAAAAUACGAUAGCCCAGAUGACCGAAUCCUCCGAUUCGUCGGCAUUUUACAAGAGCAAUGACGAUGGCAGCUCUCUAUCUAGUCAAGUCCCAGUUUUGGGAAGCGAGGAGCGUGUUUUUUGCGAAAAUGCGAGUUUGCCGUUUGUCGAGAUUGACGAGAAAGCGACGACGGCUGCGCCAUCUAGAAAUUUAAAUGAGCAUUCGGAGGCUGUGGAGCUGGCAAUGGCUUCCGAGGAAGAAGUUCCAUCGGCCUGGAUAGACGUGAUGGCAAUGGCGGCUGAGCCGACUCUUCGAACUGAAUCCUGGCCAUUGAAUGCCUUUCCAACCGCGGUUCAUUCUCUGGUCGAUCUCGUCGGUCCCGAGCCCUAUCCCCUAGAAUUAGAGAAUCCGGACGUCAAUCACACCCUGGACAAUGUCAAUGUUGUGAUAAAUGCGGAUGAGUUUGCGAAUGAGGAUAUUAUUUUGAAUUCGCCGAGUGUGCGCAAUUCGAGUGAGAUUAAUCUCUUUACGAAUCACUCGAAUUCGAUUCAAGAGUCUGCCGAACAGCAAUCGAUUAUGACGAGCACAAGAAAUAUUCUUGAGGCGAUUACAGGAGCCGAUGCCGAUAUUUGCAAGUGCGAGAAUUGCGAGUGUCGAGAGUCGAGAAAUUGUCACAGUUCUCGAGCGCCAGAGAGAGUUGAGAAAAUUUCCAGAGAUAUUCCGAGUUUAGUGGGGAAGUGUCCCUCGGACGAGACGCGAGAUUGCGAUUCUUCGUGCGCGGUUGUUAUUUGCGUCAAGACCCUUCAACAAUUGCAAACGGUCCUGAAUUCUUGCUGCAAGACGACGAGUAAUUGUGCGGUGGCAUGCUCCAGAAGUGGCUUAUUUUCCGGGCAUAAUAUGGCUUUAUUGAAGAGUCAACUAGCUGGAAAUCACUGAAAUUUACUAGAGAGGGAGAGAGAGAGAGAGGGACUAUUUGGCGUAGAUUAUGCUCAGGGCUGCCACAUAGUCAUUUUUAGGGAUUUUGUCGAUUCGAGACUCUAUAAAAGAUUUUAGGCACAAGACGAGAUUCGAGGCGAGUUAAAAAACGAGUCUCGAGACAAAAUUCGAGACUCGAGGCAAGAUACGAUUGUCAAGAUAAGAUUCGUGACAAGAUGAGACUUUAGAUGAGACUCGAAACAAGACGGUAUUCGCGAAAAUACUUAAGACGGCAAGAAACGAGACAAGACUGCAAUUGCGAUAGGACUUGAGACAAAAUUCAAGACGAGGCUAGAUUCAAGACGGGACGAUCUUCGUGACAAAGCAGGACGGUAUUUUCGACAAGACUUUAAGGCGAGAUUCGAGACUCAAGUCGAGAUUCGAUGCGAUAUUCAAGACGAGACGAUAUUCGAGACAAGACUUCAGACGACUUUCGAGACAAGACGGUAUUUGCGAAAGUACUUAAGAGGAGAUUCGAGCCGAGAUUCAAGAAGAGGCGAUAUUCAAGACAUAAACAAAUUUCUUGAAAACUCAACUUUUUGAUAUGGAAUUCUUGAAUUUUAUCGAAAAUUCGUCUUUUUGUUAAAAUUUUUUUUUUAGUUGAGAAUCCAACUUUUU